CCUAGCCUGUCCUGCGAGCGGGUUGGCUGCGAAGCGGGAAGAUGGGCGGGGCCCCGCUUCCCCUCAGGUGCGCAGCUCCAGUGGACGCAGCUUGACGGAGGCGGGCGGAGGCGGCCGCUGUAGCGGGGCCCCCUCCUCCCCACCACCGUCCUAGAAAAGAUGGGGCGGCCCGGGCCCCGGCGUUGAGGGGUAACGCCAAGAAGCGAACGGAGGAAAGAAGGAAGGAAGGGCGGGGCUCAGACGGAAGGGGCGGGGCGCAGGGGGACCAUGACUCUGCUUUCCGGCUGCUGAAGCAAGCGCGUUGCCUGUAGCCAUGACGACGGGCGACUGCUGCCAUCUUCCUGGCUCGCUGUGCGACUGCCCCGGCAGUGCAGCCUUGUCCAAGUCAGUAGAAGACUCUGACCUCGGGCGCCCGCAGUAUGUCACCCAAGUCACGGCCAAGGACGGACGGCUACUCUCAACAGUGAUCAAAGCCCUGGGGACACAGAGCGAUGGCCCCAUCUGCCGAAUCUGCCAUGAAGGCGGGAGCGGAGAGGGCCUGCUAUCCCCCUGCGAUUGCACGGGCACUUUGGGGACCGUCCACAAAAGCUGCCUGGAGAAGUGGCUCUCCUCCUCCAACACAAGCUAUUGCGAGCUCUGCCACACGGAGUUUGUCGUGGAGAGACGGCCCAGGCCCCUGACAGAGUGGCUGAAGGACCCUGGGCCACGCAACGAGAAGAGAACGCUCUUCUGUGACAUGGUAUGUUUCCUGUUCAUUACCCCGCUGGCUGCCAUUUCGGGCUGGCUGUGCCUACGCGGCGCCCAAGAUCACCUGCAGUUCAACAGCCGCUUGGAGGCCGUUGGCCUCAUCGCCCUGACCAUAGCACUUUUCACAAUCUAUGUCCUCUGGACGCUGGUUUCAUUCCGCUACCAUUGCCAGCUGUACUCGGAGUGGCGAAGGACCAAUCAGAAAGUCCGCUUGAUGAUUCCGGACUUGAGGCACCCCCACCCUGUCCCGCACUCCCUGCUCUCUGCCAAGCUCCUGAAGAAGAAGGCUGACGAGACGACCGUAUGAGCCAGGAGUGGCCCUCCGCGGGGGAAGUGGGGGGCCUCCCCGCAUGCAGGGGAGAGCGGGUAGCCCUUUCUCCAGGCGGCAGUGGUGGCAAACACUCACCUGAACAAUCAACCCGACCCAAGGGGGAUCUUGCACCUUGCACGUCCGUCAGGUGGAAGAACACCUCAAGACAGCCAAGCCUCGGGCGCGUGCAAUCACCAUGGGAGGCGAUGCAUCGAGAGCAGCCAUUGGCUCGCCUUCCUCCUCGAGAGAAAUACAGCAAGGGGAAGAACGCCUCUCCCUAUACCCAUAUAUCUAUAUAUUAUAUUAUUAUAAUUAUUGUUGUUAUAAUUUUUAUUCUUAUUCUUGAUUUCCACACCUGUCGUGUUCAGGCCCCCUCAUGUUGUUCUCAGCAUCCCUGUGGAAAGAUGCAGGGCCCAUUUGCACGUUGCCCCUUUGAUGCCAUGACGACUCUGGGCCAUUUCACGGGGUGUCCCACUUGCUGUGCAUGCGCGCCUCUCUUUCCCUUUCCUCUCUGCAUGUGGCGAUAGCUGGCCCAUCCCAUUUUUUUGAAAAAGACUUAAGACCCUGCAAGUUGCAUCAAGCAAUUUAAUAUCGGCUGUCACCACAGGCACUGGGUAGGCAGAGAAGGGGCAUAUUCACAAGGAGUGUUCACCGUGUGAAACUGAUGAGGCAGAUUUUAAUUUUGCAGUGACCUUCCAGCAUUCAAAAGUAACGUGCAAAUCUGCCCAAAGUCUGAUCUCAUUCUGGGAAUGAAUUGGUGCUUUUGUUAAGAAUUUUGAGGGGGGAGGUUUACUCCUCUUUCGCACUCCCCCCCCCUCGGUGUCUCUGAGCCCCUUCUUGUUUUGCACUACAUGGAGUUUUGAAUGGGUAGGUGGGCUGCCUGGCUCCCCUACUCAUUUCCCUCUUGUUUCGUCCGUGAUGUUGCUGUCCCAUUGAGAGGAUUCUGUGCAUUUGAAAAUUGAUUGAAGUAUAAUCAUCCCAGGAGGAGUAAAAAUGAACUCAUGUUGAA